GAGAAGUUACUGAUUAAGCAGUUACUUCGGAAUUACGAUUCUCUCGGUAUUGUCGGUAGGCCGGUUCGGAAUAUAUCGGAUGUUAUGGAGGUAAAGUUCGGUAUCGGUUUAAUACAAUUACUCGAUCUUGACGAAAAAAACCAAAUUUUGACGACAAAUGUUUGGGGCCGAUAUAGUUGGACCGAUAUCUACAUGCGUUGGGAUCCUACCCAGUACGGCGGAGUUGAUUACGUCAGAGUCCCGACACACAAAAUCUGGACACCGGAUAUAGUUUUGUAUAAU